UUACCUCUUUAUCUUGAUUCUCUUCGCUUCCAUCCACCGAAACACCAAUCUACCCACGAGAAGCGCCGUCGUUUAGUUCCCGCCGGUGGCAUGAAGGAGAUCUUUCAAUCUGGCCAAGAUUCUGCAACGUUGACUAUGGAGGCAGAUUCUCUUAUUCAAAAUCCCAAAAAGCGGAAACUGAAUGAAGAACAAGGCAUUGAUGGAAACUACAAAUGCUUUGGUAACUUACACGAGGUGUUUCUUCGACACAUUCUUUCCUUUCUUCCCAUAAAGGAUGCUGUAAGGACAAGUGUACUUUCGAGAAGGUGGGAAUUCCUUUGGACUUCUAAUCCCAAUCUUAAUUUUGGAGAACCUAUGCCUGCUAAGAGAACACUUCUGAUGAAUUUUGUGGAAAGAGUGCUUUAUCUUCGGGACUCACCUGAUAUAAAAGAAUUCGUUCUCGAUUUUGAUGUGCAAAGUGAUGCAUGUCGUGUCAAGUCAUGGAUCACUGCUGCAGUAAGGCGUAAUGUUCAAAUUUUGAAUAUCCGCCUUUGGGACUUGAGAGGACAAUUUUCAUUGCCUCGAUGUGUGUUUACUUGUGACACACUGACAAGCUUUUUCCUUGACAUGCGGUGUAUCCUCAAGGUUCCUCCUCUAAUCUGUUUCUCAAAUCUAAAGGUCUUGAGUAUCGAAAAUGUUACAUUUUCGGAUGAUUACACAACCCAGCAGCUUCUUUCUGGUUUGCCAGUCCUUGAGAGUUUGUAUUUUAAAAAAUGUAGAUGGGGGUGUCGCAAAGUUCUGAGUAUUUCUGCCCCCAAGCUUCGAUAUCUAAACAUAAUUGAAGAUGAUAUGCAGAAUCCGAGUGAUUGUCAGUUUAUGAUUUUUGGAGCAACUCUCAAAGUUUUUGUUUAUACUGGCGAACUCUUCAAUGAAUAUUGCUUAUGUGACUCAUUAUCACUAGAAAGCGUAGAUAUUGAAGCUGCUUGCGAUGUUGAGUGGCCAAGUGAUGAGAGGGCAAGACAAGUUGCUUACCGCAUAUUUAAGGUGCUUAUAGCGAUCCCUAAUGUAAAAGACCUAAAACUUUACGGUAAUGCAUAUGAGGCUUUAGCACAUGCAGCAGAACUCCUACCUAAGAUGCCUAUCUUCAAUAAUCUGUGGUAUUUGAAACUGGGGUCAUUAGAUCUUGAAUGUGCAGCACUAUUGAAGAUAUUGCAAAAUUCUCCGUGUCUUGAGACUCUGAAAAUUCUGCAGAUUGAUCCGAUUUCUGAUCGUGAGAAAGCUGAUAUAAUAUUGGAUCCAAUGCCUUCUUGUUUCUUGUCUCAUCUCACACGCAUUAAAGUUUAUAGUUAUGAUGGAAAGAAUGACCUGUACGCUGUAAAGAUUUUACUCAAGAAGGCAAUUGCUUUGGACGAAAUGGUUAUAUGUUUUGAAGAGUCUCUUGAAGAGAACUUAGAGAUGCAAGAUUAUCUCUACAAACAGUUGAUAAAGCUCCCUAAAGGAUCACAUAAUUGUGAAAUCGUUUUUAAAUGAGCUUUCUUGAACUCUUGCUCUAAAAAAAAAA